AAUAAAUGGGCAUUAAUUAGAGACAAAUGAGUUCCAAGCUAGCCAAAGAAGAGUUUGUUAGUGGCCAUAACGGCACGUCACUGGGGGAGAUAUACUUGCUGACUGCCACACUCAUAGCAGGAUACCUACUGAGAUGUGUUCUGAUUGUUUGUUUGCCGUCUGGCCUAAAAAAAAGCACAAUUGUAUCAUUUUUACUCGACUACUCCACGAUUAUUGUACCUGGAGUCCUUGUGUUCACUAUACUGGCUGACUACACUCUGUAUGUGCUCGGAUUCAUCAUCACAGCCUCUGUCCUGGUAGCAUUGGUCCAUCUUAGCUCCAGCAAUGCCAGUAUUUCAAGUCGAUUCAAGAAUCUAUUCAAGUUGAUGUACCCUACCAGACUGCCUUGUGUUACGCUCACUCGGACCUUUGUAACUCUCAUCACAGCCAUCGCUAUACUAGCCGUAGACUUUCAAAUCUACCCAAGACGUCUGGCCAAGGCUGAAACGUUCGGGACUGGUCUUAUGGACGUUGGCGUAGGUGCGUUUAUAAUGUCCCACGGAAUCACAGCUCCUGAGGCUAGGGGAAAAAGUGGUGGUCGAGUGAUUGUAUCAACUCUGAGAGGUCUACUGCCUCUGAUUGUGAUUGGAGUCUUGAGGUUGUUGGCAGUGAAAGGUACAGACUAUCAGGAGCAUGUCACAGAGUACGGAGUGCAUUGGAACUUCUUUUUCACCAUUGCUGCAGUCAGGUUGUUGGCCACCCUCCUUCACCCUGUGUUGUGUGUCAGGCCUGGUCUCUAUGGUGUGGCCUCACUGCUCACUGCUGUAGUGUAUCAACUAGCCCUCAGUGAGCUGGGACUCUCCUAUUACAUACAGCAUGGACCUUACGGUGAUGGGUCAAGGCCUACACUACUCAGUGCCAACAGAGAGGGGCUAUGGUCGUGUGUUGGUUACUUGGCUAUCUAUCUGGGUCAUAUUGAAAUAGGAAAAUGGUUAUUCAAACCAAGAAAGAGUCUACUUAACUAUGUCUCAGUGCUUGGUAGCCUGCUCUGUCUCUUCUGUGUGUUCUACUGUCUAACAGUCUUGUGCAGUGGUUACAUUGAGCCUAUCUCACGGAGGCUGGUCAACUUGGCCUACAUCACGUGGAUAUUUUCAUAUGGAGCUCUGAUUGUUGGACUGUUUCUACUCACAGACGUUAUCGUCUCCACCCUAUCACACACCUCACAAGUCCCACGCCCUCACAGCCUUCACAGCGCGAGUGUGUGUCUUAUAUCGGCAGUUGACUACAAUCAACUUAGCUUCUUCCUACUUGCCAACUUAUUUACUGGACUGGUCAAUUUUAGUAUGGACACUCUUAGUGUUAGCUGGAUCACAGGACUUGUGAUUUUGUUAGCGUAUAUGGCUGUACUGUCAUUCGUGUUUUGUACACUGUAUAAAUUCAAUAUUAAAAUCAAAUUAUGAUACAAUCA